AUGACGAGAACAAGUUCCAGCAAUGAGCUGUGGUUGGUGAUUCCUAAUGUUACGUCCAGGGAGGCUGGAGACUAUCAGUGUGUGGCAGAGAAUGAACAUGGAACAGUGGAAGGCUCCAUAACUAUUACUGUGGAAUGUAGCAGAGGAGAGAGUCUGCAUGUGAUCCUGAUCCUGGGAAUACGAGCUGGGAUAUUCAUUGUAGCUGUUGUUCUCACUGUUGCUGCUGUUUGUGUCUAUUUCACAGAUAAACCCACGAUAUUCCCUGUGGAAAUUAUCGCAGGAAAGUGUGUGAGUCUCAGCUGUAUCUUCAAUACAACGUGCACUGGAACAGCACCUGUCUUAACCUGGGACACUCCCACUGCUGUACAUGGAUCACUCUCAAACACCGUCACUCAGCGUGGGGUCACUCUGAGCUAUACUUCUGUUCUGAGCCUGACACCAUCACUCAGGCACCAGGGACAGACCCUCACCUGCAGAGUGAGUUAUCCAACUGUGUCAUCAGAGCAGACCCUCGGACUGACAGUGCAAUAUGGUCCAGUGUUUUCCCGAGAGUUGGAAUGUGCUCGGAGGGCAGAGGGGAUUACCUGCACCUGUGCGGCCAACUCCAAUCCUCCCGGAGACCUCACCUGGCACCUGCCCCAUGCCAACCUCAGCGGGAACCAAACUCACGGAGACUUUGUAUCACAGCAGCUCAGAGUGGGGCAUCUGGUGAUGGGCUCUCUGACCCUGACAGGGCACCCGGAGGAAGAGGAAACGAUGGCAUCCUGCUGGGUUCGAAACCCGCACGGGGCAGCCACGCUCAAGGCAUAUUUUUGGGUCAAAGGUGAGAGUAUCGCUCAGGACUGGACUCGAGAAUCCGCCUCUGCUCUCUCUCCACCUCCUUUAAGAUACUCUUUCCCACCAGCCUCCUUGACCAACCUGUGAC